UGAAAAUGUUUUAUCUAUCAUGUCUGGAUCGUCUGGACAUUCUGUGGGGGAAAAUUAAUUGAAAAAUGUCAAUGUUUUCUUCUUUCAACGGAUCAGCGCAGUGUUGAAAGACGCAGUGAAGUUGGUCGCAAUUGCAGUGUUGACAAUCGCUGUCUGUCAUUUUGUUCGUUCGUGAGAUUUCAAGUGGCCUAAAAAGUGAAAAUUCUCUGGGAAAGCCCGAGUAUAAGGCCUCACAACACCCAUGACAACUCCCCAAGUGCCCCGCGCGUCCGGACAGUGCGAAAAAGCCAGUGGCAGUGCGUGAUAAGGGGCCCCAGUAGGGCGCCAAGCAGAUUUCGAAAUAGGUUUCUCCGCGGAGUUGCUCCAUUUCUUGCGUGUUUUCCGUGCCGUGAAAGUCAGGUAUUUCCAGGGAGAAACCACGAGUCGUGGCUGUGAGAGAUGGGCGUAUGCCUGUGCAAGGACAAGAGCAGUGACAGUGCCAAUGAGGAGUCCAUGGACGCGAGUGAGACACGAACUGAUGGGCGCAGGACGUGCCACAAGCACUCCCUGUCCGAGACCGUGGAUCGCCUCAUCCGGGAGACCCUGGACGUCAUUGGCGAGAUAGUGGAGAACGAACCCGAACCGCCGGCGUCGAUGAUGCAACUGCACGACAUCACGGAGCGCCCCUCGGGCUGGCUGCAGCUGGUGAAGAGUCUGAUCAGCGUGGUGCCGCUGGAGCACCCGAUGGGGCCCAACGUGAUCCUGCUGCUGCUGGACGACAGCCCGCUGCCGACGAAGGAAUCCAUGCUGCAGACGGCCGACAUGAUCCCGCAGUUCUCGCACGGGAGGAGUUUCGCGCGGCGAAACAGGAACUUCUGCGUGAUCCUCGGGUGUCUCGCCGAGCGGCUGGCCGGGCCGAAUAGCGUCUCCAUUCUCUCGGACAGCACACUGAAGUAUCUGCUGGGCAAUCUGGAGGAGGGCACGAAUCCCGAUGUGAUGAUCUUCUCGCUGAUUGCGCUGGAGAAGUUCGCGCAGACGAGCGAGAACAAGGCCACAAUCAAGCACAGCCUCAAGCUGCUGUCCAGCAAUCCUCUCGUGGCGCUCGAGAGGCACGUGAACUCUCGAGACUUCCUCAUGCGCCAAGUGGGCUUCUGUGCGCGCUGGUGUCUGGACAACUACUUCACACUGGAGUCCAGGCAGUACUCGUACGAGAUGGUGGAUCUCAGCGCCGUGAAUGUGAUGCUGAACACGAAAGACGUGAGUGAGUAUCUCAAGAUCUCGCCAGACGGCCUGGAGGCGCGCUGCGACGCGUACAGCUUCGAGAGUGUGCGCUGCACGUUCCAAGUGCACGCCGGCUGCUGGUACUACGAAGUGACAAUCAUCACGCCGGGCGUGAUGCAGAUCGGCUGGGCGACGAAGGAGUCCAAGUUCCUGAGUCGCGAGGGAUACGGCAUCGGCGAUGAUCCGCACUCGAUGGCCUUCGAUGGGUGUCGGCAGUUGAUCUGGUACAACGCGCAAUCCAUGCCGCACGACUUCCCGCGCUGGCAGGCGGGCUCCAUUCUGGGCUGUCUGCUGGAUCUCGACAAUCAGGAGAUUGUCUUCAGUCUGGACGGUGUGGAGAGUAAAGUCUUCAAGCAGGUCUUCAGGAGUGUCAAGGAGGGAUUCUUCGCUGCCGCUUCCUUCAUGUCCUUCCAGCAGUGUCGUUUCAAUUUCGGCGCCACACCCUUUCGCUAUCCGCCCAAGAAGCGUCCUGGCGUGAAGAAUUUCAACGACUUCGCCCAACUGAGUCCGCACGACAAGAUUGUUCUUCCGCGUCACAUCUUCCUGGACCAGCUGAGGCGGCUCAGCGUCAAAGAAGACUCCUGCUCUCUGUGUGUGGACGAGAAGGCGACAGUGCAAAUCGAGCCGUGCAAGCAUCGGGGUUUCUGCUCCAAAUGCGUCACUCAAUUGCGCUUCUGCCCAAUGUGCAGAGGCGAAAUACUCGAUACCAUUCAGGAGACAUCCUCAGAAGGUGCUUAGCAUCGUGGACGGACG